GCUUGAUGGUUGUGUAUGUAACUGUUCAGCGACUGUACAUCACAGCAGUAAGUGAGAUGUGAGACAGGAGAGGAGUCCCCGAUACACCGACAACAUGGAGGACCACCUGGUGUCUGAGGACGAUGUGUUGCUGUGGUCAGAGAAGGAGUUCCAUGAUGCUGUAAAGAUUAACAACACAGGGAAAAUGCAGGAACUGAUCAAGAAGGGUGUGGACAUCAAGGCCAAAAAUAAAGUAGACCGGAAAGCACUACAUUGGGCGGCAGGAGCUGGAAAUGAACAGGCUCUUCGACUCCUUCUGGACCAUGAUACUGAAGUCGAUGAGAGGGACAUUUUUGGCAUGAAUGCACUGCUUCUGGCGUCCUGGUUUGGUCACCUAAAAAUCCUACAGAUCCUGGUGUCCUGUGGAGCAAAGCUCAACUGCGAAAACAAAGAUGGUCUAAGUAUGCUGCACUGUGCUGCUCAGCGAGGACACAUUAGAGUAUUGGAGUUUAUCAUGGAGGACCUGGAAGACAUCUGUCUGGAUAGAGUGGACAAGGUUACUUUGAUAUGUGUUUCUAUUAUUUCUUAUUUCUUAGCGCUGCAGGUCACGGAAAUAAUAUAUAUAAAUGGGUGUCUGUUUGUUAUUUCUGGACUGCAGGAAGAGAACACAGCCAUGCAUCUAGCAGUGAAGCGUGGGCACACAGAGGUCCUACACAAGAUUGUGGAGACGGGAGUAGACGUCGAUGAGAGGAAUAUAGAUGGUCUCACAGCAUUUCACCUUGCAGCUGAUGGAGGUCACUAUGAAUGUGUCAAACUGCUCAUUGAGUCCAGCUGUAAUGUAAAUGCACAAACAAAUAAGAAUAUGAAUGCUCUCCAUUAUGUAGCUCAGCAUGGCUUUUACAGAGAGGCCAGUUUGCUUCUGGAGGCAGGAAUCCAUAUCAAUGCCAUAGACAAUCAACAGAACACGCCACUCCACAUGGCUGUGUUCAAUAAUCACAUCGAAGUUGUACGGCUGCUGAUAGAUGCUGAUUGUGACCUCGACCUCACUGACAGUCAGGGGAAAACAUGUCUGGAGGUGGCAGCAAGAGGAAACCAUGUCAUCCUGGUUGAUAUGAUCAUCAAAGCUGACCGUUUUUAUAAACAGCAGAAGGAUCACAUGGACAAUGAUCAGGAUUCCUGGGUGGGGAGGCCUCUGAGCUUCAAGCAGGACCACCAACCAGAGACACAGCACCUCCGAUCUGUCGUGUGGACCCUGGCCACUAAGCACCUCUGCCGCGGGGAAUGGAAGAUUCUGGCUCAGCACUGGGGCUUUAGUGAUGCACAUAUACGAGCGUUAGAACAACAGUGGACAGGUAUGAAAAGCUUCAAAGAGCAUGGUCACCGCAUGUUGUUAAUCUGGCUUCAUGGUGUUGGGGUGGCAGGGGAAAACCCAAUCAAAGGCCUCUACGAGGGGCUGGUGGAGAUGUCUCGUACAGACCUGGCAGAGUGCAUCAGACAGAAGGCAAACGCAGAGACCAGUGCUCCCAAAAUGUGCUCUGCAAUGUGAUCAACACUUUUGAAUUACUGUGAAGACAACACACCAGAACAUACCAGAACACUAAAGCUUUUAUCUAGCUGAUAAUACCCUGAACUGAGCUAUUAAAAGCACUUUGUAUUGAAUGAUAAAUGGUCUGUAUUUAUAUAGCACUUUUCUAGUCUUGAUAACCAGCGCUUUACAGUACAGUUUUUCCAUUUACCCAUUCACAAACACAAUCAUAAAGUGCAGAACUUUCGCUAUGAUACAUCACUCACAGACUGCACAGACUAGCACAGCCAUCAUGGGAUAAGCAAUUUGGGGUUCAGUGAGGGAGAAAAGGGGAUCAAACCACCCACCUUCGGGUGGCCUCCUGAGCCACAGCUGCCCCAUAGAAUUAAUAUGCUAUGAUUUGUUUAAAUAUUCACACUCUUAAAGAAUAUAUAAUUGACACCGUGUGCAACCAGAAGACACAGAUGAACUUAUUUGAAUGUGCGUUCAGACUGAACCUGUUUUUUUCUUGUUAUACUCUCAACUCUACCACUGACUUAAUUAUUUGGUUCUGUGCGGAAGCCUGAACAGAGUAACUUAAAAACUGACUGGAGACAGAAUACGUUUUAUUUCAAUAGUUCAAUCCAAAGCAUAAAUGUCAAAAACAUGUAAAGAAAACAAAAUCAAUACUUGGCUUAAAUGGGGGAAACUUAUGGUGAGCUUGAGACAUGAUCAUGGCCAUCAAGUGAUGUCACACCUGAAACUAACUUGACACAGUGUGUCAACCUUUAAAAGCAGAAGUAUUGUAGUAAAAUGUUUUGGUUCCUUGUUUCAACUUGUCAUAAAUCAUGUGACCCGUUUUUACAAGCGAGCUUUAUUGAAAACAAAUAUAACUUAGUACAGGGAUCAUAGAACUUUCAAAAAAAUUUUGACUGAUGCUGAAACACCAACUGGUGCAGAUGUGUUUUCUCCUCAGUUUGGGCUACCUUAAACACAUUGGUGUAUAUUUGUCAUCAUUUGUGUCUUUGCAAUGACUUCGUAAGCAAUGAUGAAUGAUGAAUCUUUUACAUUUGCUUCUUAUUCAGUCUGAACAUAUAUGAGUUAGUUGGUGGCAGUGGUUGGACAGAAACCAUACACAGACCUACAAACUGUGGGGCACUAAUGCAGAGAAAAGCAAAUAUAACCCUUUCAUCUUACAGAAAGAGUGAAAAAAUACAGUUGAUUGGGUUAGAGUGAAGUAUCUCUGGCCUGGAAAGAACCACAACUGUGCCUGAUCUCUCACUUCGACUUCCUCAUCCAUCUUUUCCACCCACCUCUACUCUCUCCCCAAUGUUUCUCCACUCACCCCAACCAUUUGAGGCAGGUGGCUGCCCACACUGAGUCUGGUUCUGCUAGAGGUUUCUCCCUGUUAAAAGGGAUUUUUUCUCUACACAACCGCAAAGUGCUUGCUUGUUGUGGGAACUGUUGAUUUUCUAUAGCAUAUUUAAAGGUCUUGACCUUACUAUGUAAAGUGUGUGAAUUGAAUGAACAGUAAGAAUAAAAUCAUAUUGAUUCUCUGUUUUACUCUUUAACGUGGUCAGGCUUCUUGCUACUUUACUGAACGCUGUGUACUAAAGGGACUCACUGAUAUUGUUUGUGGUACAUGAUUUCAAGCUAAAGGAUGCUGUUGCACCUAAACAAAAGGUAUCACUAUUAAAUAAAUACAUGUAUUUUUAUUUAUCACCAAGCAGGGAUGUUUUGUGGGUUUGCUUGUAUAUUUGUCAGCACGAUUAACAAAAACUUCUGAAUGGAUUUCCACAAAACUUGGUGGAACGAUGAGACAUGGGCCAAAAAAGUAAUCAAUACAUUUUAACAUCUCGUGCGUUUUGCAUGUGUGCAUUUUGGUGUGAAGUUAAUUACAGUUUUGUUGCAAUUGUGUUACUGGCGACUCUGUGGAUUAUACAUGUAUUUCCAUGUCUUAUUAAUGGCUUCAUUCUCAAGUGAAUUGGGUAUAGAAUAAUUGCAUAAAGUGUAUAAAUAUUAUUUCCUCCAAAGUACUUUGACAAAGUA